UGAAAUUGUUAGACACGCCUUAUGUGUGACGUUUACACUUCCCUGCAGCAUCUUUGCAAUUUGCGAGUCUGGGAACUGCUACAGAUUUGCUGAACUACCACAAACACCAGUCUUGCUCCACUGUCCCACCGUUAAAAAUAAUCCUGCACAGUUUACAAAAAAUAUGCCUUAUUCAUACUUUCCAACAUUUGGAAACUGUUCAGUGGGCACUCGUCUCCAGGUGGAGGGGAUCAUACGCAAAAAAACACAGGAGGGCUGAUCGCACGCGCAGCCAUAGAUAUUCAAGUAUGUGAGCUUGCCACGUGCACUGAGUGCAUGCCUACCACAGUCUGCCGUACAUGUUUAAAAAGACAUACUGUUCUUGUCGUACUUCGUGCAGUCCCUUACAUUACGAUCGUACGUCGCUUCCUCCUUUCCUUUCCCACCUAAUUUCAAGGAUAAAAAAAGCCUGAUGUUUUCCGUCCAUGGUUUCCCUUUCCGUUACCAUGGAAGCAGCGUCUCUGGUUGUCAAGAUGGCGGAGCUGUUGGAUCUACAGGGACAGCGGCUCGAAAGUUUUUACUAAUGAUAAACCCAGGUAAAUUAUAAAUUCUAUACAUUAAAGUAAAAGCUACUGGGUGAAGAACGAGUAGUAAACGAAGCAUUUUGCUACAAUGGUGAAACGUAUUAUUGAAACUGGAGCGUGCUAGUAGUAACAUCUCGCAUUUGGGUAUUCUGCAAUGCUGUGGUGGAGGUUAGCUAUUUUGAAUAUGACAACCCGUUUCAUAAAUGAAUUCAGCGAUCCCUAACGGUUUGAAUGUGGAUUCGGGCAGUCUCUGCACACCUGUCGCCACCUUGUCGGUGGGGGAAUGAGAAUGCAUGUUCAAAGGGCCAGCUCCUACUCAAAUACAAAGAUACAGCAUGACGGUGAUUUGGAAGAGGAUCGUCAAGCCUUGGUUGAGGAGCAGAAAGCAAGUCGAGCCCGGGCUCGUCAGUUCUCUUCGGAAACAAAUCGCAGAAGAAGAAUUCUGGAGGAGAGGCGAAAAGAAGAAGAUGUGAGGGAGCAGAGAGUGAGGGAAGACAUCCUCCAGCAGAGGAAACAGAGAGUACAGGAGGUGACAGAGAGGUUUCAGAGAGCACAUCUCCCUCCAGCACAGAGAAAGAGACAAGUUUAUAGAAAACAAACACCUCGAUUAGAAGAAGCCCUUGAACAGAUCCAAGGUUCUUUUUCGUCCUCAUCUCCUUAUUCUCCAAUCUACUUGAGAAACCCCACCAAUAACAGGAGCCACUCUUCAUCUCCGAGCUCUUCAGCAGUCUCGAGUAGCUCUCGCUACCAGAAGCAGCUGUCAGCAGCAGUGGCCUAUGCCAAACUGAUGCAGGAGAAGAGCGGCACCAACCUCAUGAACAGCCAGCUGCUGUUUCAGCAUGAGCUGCAGGAGACACAGCGCCUCCUGGAGGAGCAGCAGGAUUUUCAACAAGAAGUCAGACAGCUUGGACAAUCUGAAAGCUUAUCUAGCCUGGAUAGCUUGGAGAAUGAAGAGCAGAACUAUACCUCUAUGGCAAAUUACCAACGUCCAUUUUAUACUUCUCCAGAGGACCAUGUAUCUGACAAUUACAGGCGACCUCAGUCGUCACGGAAGCACCUUAAUGGUAUGUCCUCUGCAGCUGAGAUGCCAUUUUCUAAAACUGAGAGCCAUGAUCUGUGGAACCAGCACAGUUGGACAUCUGCAAACUGUCAGACACGUCCAUUAUCAAACACAACUUAUGAAUCAAUUAUUAACAAGUGUUUGAACAGUAAGCAGCAAGAAGAAACAGCUCAGAACAGAAGAGACGCCCACAUUGAUCAUCAGUGUCCCAAUGCUAAAGAAUCCUUUUAUAAUGACCACAUUCCUUUAGCCCUAAAUACAAAUGUCAGUUGUACUCCAUGUGGGACUGAACCUAGACUUACAACAGCUGUACAGGACAAACUUGAAAGACACAAUGAUUUAGUUAAGGGUGGUCUGACAGUUAUACCGAGUAAAGCUUGGUCUACCCCAGAUCCAACACCAAGAGAAACUCUAAUUUCAACACAAGAAGGUCAACCAGAGUCAAUACAGCAAAUCAGAAAUCCAUCAGUGCAUUUCUCAUCCCAACCUAUUGCAACCCCAGUGAUUUUACCUUCCAGCCAUUCUAAAAGUGAGGCAGAUACAAACAACACCUCUGCACUCCCCAGCACUUUACAGGAGACCAUAAAUCAUACAGAAAGCACUCCUGUAAAACCAGUUGACAAAGUUACUCCCAAUCAUUGCACAAAGGGUUAUGAAAGCAGUCCUGUCACUGCCAAGAACAGCAGCGUUGGAACAGCCAAUCAUGGAUUAAAAAGUGAAAAAGUUAAUGAUGCAGACACCCCUGAUCAUGUACCCAAGUCAUUCCUGGUUAAAAUUCAUGAUACCCCCACUGCUGGUGAGCAAAAGAUACAGCAAAUAAGAACAGACAAAUCACCAUCCUAUUCUAGUUCACUCCACAGCAAGUUAAAUAGUGCUGUUUCUGAGACAAAGAAUGAGAAGAAGAUAAUUAAGGGCAUACUCAAAAAACAAUCAAAGUAUGUGACCCUCAAUGGUGGCAGUGUUGUUUUUGGAAAACAAAUUGGGGUAUCUAUCAGGGACAGCGUUGAGCUGACAAAACAGAAAGAGAAGGAAUCGGAGAAUGUCAAGACAAAGAAAAAACUGAAAUGGUUUGAUGAAAUUGCUCAAGGGAAUGAAGAUGAGGAGGAGAUGGGAGAAGACGAGGAACUAGCCAACCAGAAUCAAGCUAAGAACUCCCAAGUUAAAAGCAAUCUUAAUAACCCAUCAGCUGCUGCAAAACAUCAUCAGGGUCAGUUCCAGACAGCUACCAUGACAACAACCCCUGAGGCGACCCAGGUCAUGACUUCUGUGGCUUCCACUGGUUAUCAUUUCACUAAACAAGCUUGGGCAGACUCCAAGGGUCAGGACAGUAAGCUGCAGGAACAGAACGAGGCUAGUCCACGGAAGGGAAGACAGAAGGUACCUAGAAGAGCUCGAUCAGCCAGGGCUCGGCUGGGCAGUGCUGCCAGCAAGACCAGAAAGGGUGCCAUUUUCAGGCCACAAUCUGCAGGCGAAGCUGUCAAUGUUGUUAAAUCACAGGGUAAAAUCUUAGUACCUCACCCCCCGCCCAAGAUCCUUCCUUCUGAGGACAAGCAGCUUGUCACCAGAAAUGGGGAGACAGUCAUUAAGCCCCCAAGGACUCUUUAUACAGACAUUUACUCUGGUAGCAAAGGAAGCAUGCCUGUGGAACAUGCUUCAUACAAAGACAUUCCGGAUGGCUGUUCUGUGCCACAGGGUAAUUCCUUCACCAGCAGUGCUGUCACCUUCACACCGUUCCCACCUUCCUACACAGUCUCGGCCUAUGAGACUGUCACCAAGGCCACCUACAUGGCCAACACUGUAGAGACAGUGACCCAGCAAGAGGGUUUGAACAGUGCUCUCAGACGGGGUCCGGUCUAUGGAGAGAACGGUCUACGUGUGGACCAUACACCCACCGAUGAGGAGAUCACAAAGCUGUGGCAGGGUGUCCGCAGUGCACUGACAUCCAAGGAUGAUGACUCUCAGAGCUUUGCUGCUCACAAUGGUCUUUUGUCUAACCUGCAUCAGCCUCGACCCAAUCUAUCUCAUCUUACAAUUGAUGGCGGUAGUCUGAUGAAUGGAGUCAAGUCGGUCACUAGAAUGGGUGGAUUUUUUGUUUCUCCAUCAAACACUGCUGUCAACAGGAGAAAACAGAUCAUGGACAGUAAUGGGACUAAACACAGAGCUCUUCUGGAGCAAAGGAGACAGACCAUAGGCUCUGCUACCAGGAAGCCAGCUCUCAAUGGACAGGGAUCUGUAAGGACUGUCCAGAUCAGUCCAUUCCCAAGCAACUUUGAACCAGUAAGCAUGUUGAACCCUGAUCAAGUUUCUGAGAGCACAGCCCAGUUUCUGCUGGCAGAAAACCUGGCACAUACCUCAACUGCGGACAGUGAGAUCCUGGCUGCCAUGGAAACAGUGCAAACACAGAAACACACGUUCCUACAAAACCGGGCCCAGUACCUGGGCCUCGGCGCAUUGUCCAUGGAGGAACAGAAGCUCCUUCAAUCGCUGGACCGCCUCAACCACAGGCUGCUGCACGUACAGGAUGCUUGUGGAUGGAAUCCGUCUGCGACAGGAGUUUUGCAGAUUACUUCUCCUUUCGUUAUAAACCAGGGUGUCCCAGCAGGCCCAGCAACUCGGCCAGGAGAGAUGUCUGUUGCAGCCCGGUAUAGAAACCGAAGUGCCUCUGCUGACAAUCGCACGCGAUUACAGAGACGAUUUUGAGACAACUGCAAGCAGUGCUCAUCGGUAUCAAAUUUUAAAUUCCACUAAAUCCGGUAUUAAAGACUGCAGUACCUGUAUGGAAGGACCAGCUGUAUAUUUACCCCGCUGAUGAAUCUCCCUAUAUUAAAAGGUCUGACUGUGUUUGUGGUGAUUAAAAACUGCAUUAUAAUAAAGCACUUUACUUUUUUAAAUUAACUUUAGCUUACAACAACAACAAAAAAAAGUGUAAUACUAAUGUUGUUUGCAAGUUUGGGGAAAACUUGUUCUUUGCCUAAACCAUCCAAAAAAUAGCAAUAAUGUUUAGAAAUAAGCCACAGCCUAGGUCUUCUGAUUGUUCUUUUAUUUUUGUAUCCAGUGUUUUUUCCUGGAAGGUACAAGAUAUAUUCUACUGUAAAACAUGCAGACAGUAGAUCUCCCUGUUGUGCUCCCUGCUUUGCUUUUAUAUAGUACAAGUACAAAUAUAUAUUUUUGAAAGAUAUUUUAUAUUUUAUGUAACAUUAAGCUUUUUGAUAUAUCUGAUAAUGUUUAUGUACAUUAAAACACAGAUGGAAAUAAUUUAGUCAAUUUAAGUGUUGUUGCAGUUUGCAGUGUAAUAACUAAAAAAGAAAAAGAAAAAAAAAGCAACUUGACAAUUCAAUGUACGAUAAAACCUAGGUUUACCAUCAUUUGAACUAUUCGGUGACCUGCAAUUACCAGACAGAAGUUUGUUUUUUCUUCCAUGUACAAGUGAAUGACAGCAGCAUCUUUAAUAAGCAGUCACCUGUGUUAAACAGUCACACAUGUUCACUCCCUUUGGUGAUUCAGAUUUUGAUGUUAGGGUUAAAGAGAAAGUAGUGGGGUUCUAAAAAAUACAGCGUUACACGUCCCCACGUGUUGCCACAACUGUUUAAAUAACGUACCUGUAAUUUUUCCUUUCAUUGUUAACGUCGUCUUCUAAAUCACUGCAGGAAGAGCGAUUUAAAAAAAAAAAAAAAAAAAAACAUAACAAGUGCUCUGGCUUUUCUGUUCCGUACCACAUCAUGGAUCAUAUUUGCUGUGUUACCUGUUUGACAAUGUGGGCAAUAAUCCUUACAGUAUCAGUGCACUAGAGCAGACAUUUUGAAAAGAGCUUUGAAACAGACUAAAGUUAUAAGUUUAAAAAGUUGUCAGGCUGUUAACAAUGAAAAGAAAAAUUACAGGAUUGUUAUUUAAUCAGUUGUAGCAGCACGUGGGGACGUGUAACGCUAUAUUUUUCGGAACCCUGCUACUUACUCUUUAAGGUUAGGGUUUGAGUUUGGUAUUCUGAACAAAUCCCAUUCACUGUUGUUCACACAAUGCAUCCACCAAGUUGAAGUUUGUUUGCAAUUUACUGUAUUUACUCAUGAGAUACAAGCGCUUAAAGAAACCCAGAGCAGAUCCUUUCAAAUGUUCAUAAAGGUAACCUUGGUGAGGCUUGGCAAAGCUGUGUGGGAAACACAGCAGGCAUCAUAUUUCUUUUGAAUUUCCAUAGACAUCAGCAGUCCCCAAUACUGUUUAUCCCCACCAGUCAAUUCUAUUGAGAUAAUAUGUACAUCAAUAACAAAUCUUUUUAAUAAUUUAAGAUGCGGUUCUGUUCAAACACUGUGAAUUCUACCUCUAAAAGUUUCUUAUUUUUUAGUAACAUGAAUGAUAUGUAGAACUGCAGGAAAUAGUUGACAGGCUUGUGUCCCACGUCACACAUUUAUGAGUAGUGCUUAAAUUAAUGGGUGAACUACAUUUUUGUCCAAAUGACUCCAAGACCAAAAUUCAGCGCCUUAUUGCUUUGAGCAAUUCCAGAUUCCUGAAUAGUAAUUGAAGGGGCAUCAAACAAAGUGCUAUGCACUACAAAAAUAUAUGUUUUUGCAUUAUUAUUAAUUUUAACACUGAUGUCCAUUAUUUGUUAUACAUCAAUUUCUGACCACAAUGUAUUAAUAUUAGCUAUUGUUUUAAUUACAUUGACAACAUUUUUUUUUUUAAAGGAAUCUAAUUAUAUCCCAUUUAAAAAUAUCUACCCUCGAGCAUGUAGUGGGACACUGAGUGGGUAAAGUGCAUAUUAACAAACUAGAAUAUUUGAUGCUGUGUAUGCUAUCAAUUCAUUGUGUGGUGCUAUUUUGCAUUAGACAAAUGCCUGACUAAACAAAAUCAUUUGCUGUUAAAUGUUUGUUUUAUUUUUUGGUGUUGUUAAUAUAUUUUUGUAUAUAUUGUAACAUUUUCCAAAGCGAUCAAACAUUUUGUGUGAUGAACACGUUUGUGUAUAGUUUGUAAUAUUAAACAACGUUUU